AGCAACCAGACAACUUGACAACCAGCGAGUGAUGAUGUCAACACCAAUGCCGACCUCCCACCUCCACCAGAUUGAUUCAAUUCAAGUGAUUGUACAAAAAAUUCAGCAGUCAGUGGAUGAACUCCAGAGAUACGAAAGUGUCAACAUGAAAGCCUGGGUUGCUUACAUUGAGCAACAAGUGGAGGGAAUUCUUCUGCAGCGCCUUUCUGCUGAGGUCACUCACUGGAGCUCCAGCUUUGACCACAGUGUUCUAAGUCUAUAUCGAGCAUCAUUGCAGGGGCUGGAUAGCACAGAACUGGAGCAGUUGCAAAAUGGAAUUGAUGUUGGAACAGAAAUGUCUCUGUGGCUUGGUGGGGAUGUUCUCAUCAGAGAGGCAGCAUCAAGACAGUUUGAUGAGGUGGAGGAGCGGAUGAUGGUGGAGGAUUACCCAAUCUUGAUGAGGAUGAAGGAUCGUGAGGUUGUGCUGGACCCGCCAUUGGAGGUAGUGCAAGAGUGGUGGAUUGACCACCUGAAUUCGCACAUAAAUGCGGUGUGCCAUGUGCGAAGGGUCACAGUUCGAAAUGGGAACAGACUGUCAGGUCGAGUUGUUGGGAGCUUUUCUUCGAAUGAUGAGGAGCAUGGUGAUUCUAAAUGUGUUGCUGAUCAAGGUGAUACUUAUUGGCUGCUUCGAGAAAAAAUACCUCCAGAGGUUUUGCAGAGGGCAUACUCUAUCAUCUUAGUGCACAUCAACCAUGUUCGGCAAUACACCAACACUUGGCAUCAGUACCAAGCAUUGCUUGACACAGAGAGCAAUCGCCUUGAUAUGGAGCCAUCAGAUGAGCUUGAGUUCUGGAAAGAGCGUCUUUUGAGUGCGCAUCAGGUGAAGACAACACUCGAGGCCUUUGACGCACACCAAAGGUUCGGCCCUGUUGUGGUUGAUUGUGGCCAUUUGCAAUCAAGCCUUCAAUACCAGUACGAUACAUGGCAGAGGGAGCUGCUGGUGAAGUUCUCCAGGAAGCUUGGCCCUGCAAUUGAGCAUUUCUGUUUGGUGAUGACCAAGCACAGGGAUCAGCUAGAGAACACCAUUGUAGGGGGUGGACAGGCACCGACAGUGGAGUUUGUGACGUAUGUGCAUGGGUUGCGACGGCAGCUGAAGGGCUGGAGUCUUGAGAUGGAGAAGCUACAGCAGGGCCAGACACUCCUGGAUCAAUACCGUUUCGCACUCCCCAUGGGAUGGAAACAUUGUGAGAUGGUAGAAGGAGAGUGGAAUGCAGUCCAGCAGAUCCUGGUUAAGAAAGAGUUACAGGUCAGGAAUGAGCUCCCGUCUUUGAGGAGGGAAAUCCUGGCGAGGAGCAAGGUUACAGAGCUGAAGGUGGAGAACCUGCUGGAGGAAUGGAAGUCUGAUCGCCCCGUGCAGGGCGAUCAACUGCCAAAGAAGGCUUUGGAAUCACUCUCUGCAUUUGCGAGGCAAGUACGGUCGUUGCACACAGAACUGGAGCUGCUUGAGGGGGCAAACGAGGCCCUUGAUAUCCCAGAUGGAAACACCAAAGAUCUUCACCAGCAAUUGGCCAUGCUUGUCCAGGAGAUUGAGGACUUGAGUGGUGUUUGGUCAGAGCUAGAGAAAGUAUGGGACAAAGUGGAGGAACUGAGGGGAAUGCUGUGGCUGAGUGUGGCACCGAAGAGUUUGAAGGAGGUGCUUGAGACGCUUCUGCAGGACAUGCGGCGAUUUCCGUCUAAAGCCAGGCAGUACAAAGCAUUCUCCACUUAUCAGAGCAAAGUCCGAGGCUACUUGGCCGUCACCGGAAUAUUGUCUGACCUGAAGUCUGAUUCUAUGCGUGAUCGGCACUGGCGAAGUUUGCUUGGCCAUCUAGGGCUUUCACGGGUUGGGCUUUCCGAACUCACACUUGGGGUCAUGUGGGAUGCAAAUCUUAGCAGCGGCGAAGGCCUGAUCAAGGACGUACUGGGAGUGGCACAGGGGGAGGCAGCUCUGGAAGAGUAUCUUUCUCGGCUCAGGGAUUGCUGGCAGAUGUACAAGCUCGAGUUAGUUAACUACCAGAACAAGUGCAUGCUCAUUAGAGGGUGGGAGGACCUGUUCGGUCGUGUGUCGGAACACAUGGGGUUCAUAAGCUCAAUGAAAGCAUCCCCACACUUCGUAACAUUUGAAAAUGAGGUACACAUGUGGGAGGAGAAAUUAGGCAAGACUUUGACUGUGGCAGAAGUCUGGGUACACGUGCAACAGCGAUGGGUCUAUCUAGAGUCAGUUUUUGAUGGAGGAGGUGUAGAGAUUCGCCAUCAGUUACCCACAGAGUUCUCGCGGUUCAAGGCAGUUGAUGGCGAGUUCUUGACGGUUAUGAAAAUGGUUUGUCGAUCUCCACUGAUCUUGGAUGUGAUCAAUAUCCCUGACCUGGCGCGGUCACUGGAUCGGCUUCUGGGGCUGCUGACCACGAUUCAGAAGUCUCUUGCGGAGUAUCUGGAGGCACAGCGUGCGAUCUUUCCUCGGUUCUAUUUUGUUGGAGAUGACGACUUGCUGGAGAUCCUGGGCAGUGCAUUAGAUCCAAUAAAGGUUCAAAAGCAUUUGCGGAAGAUGUUUUCUGGAGUGGCACGAGUUGGUGUACAGGGGGAAAGGAAGCAGGCAGUGAUAGACAGUGUCUAUUCGGCCGAAGGAGAAGAGUUGAAGCUGCACAAGGCCGUCCCAGUGAAAGAGGGCACUGGGACGGGUGGCAGUGCAGCCUGGCUUAUGCGUCUUGAGGAGGCCACGCAGCGCACACUGAGUGAUUUAAUCGUCUGUGCAUGCAAUCAACUUGCUGCUAUUUCAUGGAACGACAGGGCAAUAGCAGACGAGGAAAGCCCGUUCUUGGCAUGGCUCUGUCGCUUUCCAGCACAGGUAGUCAUGAUUGCCUUGCAGAUAUCUUGGACAACUGCUACAGAAAGGGUUCUUUUGAAACAGGUGUGGCAAUCUGACAAUGGAGAAACGAACAGGAGGGAGGAAGUUGCCGAGCACCUCAGUAAAGUUGCGAGAGCCAUUGGAUGUAUUCUUGAAGCUAUGGCGAGGUUGGUAGUGAAAAGUGAAUGCACAUUGACGAAGAGGAAGAUGGCACAAGUUAUAACAGAGCUUGUGCACCAGAGAUCAGUUAUCAGGCACCUGAUACAGCAAGGAGUGGAGUUGGUUGAAGAUUUCAGCUGGCUGUACUAUACACGAGUGUAUCUUUUCCCGGAGAGAGAAUCCAACGAAAGGGUAGUGGUGAGAAUUGCUGACGGCAAUUUCCAAUACGGAUUUGAGUACAUGGGUGUCGGGGAGCGACUUGUACAGACACAGCUCACAGACAGAUGCUUCUUAGGUCUUUCACAAGCACUCCACUGGGGGCUGGGUGGCUCGCCAUUUGGUCCUGCGGGAACUGGGAAAACGGAGACGGUGAAGGCAUUGGGGGUACAGCUUGGACGGCCAGUGGUAGUUUUCAACUGUGAUCGGUCAUUUGACUUGCAGGCCAUGGGCAGGAUCUUCAUCGGGCUAGUGCGAUGUGGAGCCUGGGGAUGUUUUGACGAGUUCAAUCGGCUGGAAGAGAGGAUUCUGUCUGCAGUUUCACAGCAAAUUCUAACCAUUCAGCAGAGCUUGAAGGAAGGUAGGGUGCAAGUUGAGAUAGUUGGAAAAGUGGUUGAGCUGAGCCCCAAGUCUGGCAUUUUCGUAACAAUGAACCCCAAGUACGCAGGUCGAGUGCAGCUACCAGACAAUCUGAAGACUCUUUUCAGGAAAGUGGCAAUGGCAAAACCUGACAGUCAAGCGAUUGCAGAAGUAAUGCUGUUCUCACUGGGUUUUCACUCUGCGGAGAUUCUUGCAAAGAAGGUUGUGCCAUUGUUCGAGCUCUGUGACAAGGAGCUAAGUGCCCAAUCGCACUACGAUUUCAGCUUGCGUGCAUUGAAGGCGGUGCUUGUCAGUGCAGGAGCAGCGCAGCUAACACUUCGGCGAUCUGGCAAGGAGGAAGAGGUGGGAAAGUCUAUUGCGAAACAAGAGAUGGAAAUCCUGACAAGGAGCUUUUGGGAGACGAUUGUACCAAAGCUUAUCACUGAAGAUGUCCCAAUCUUUGCAGGUCUCAUCAGUGAUGCUUUCCCCGGUGUGACUGUUAUUCGUUCAAAUGCUCCUGAUCUUUGUCAAGUUGCUGAACAAGUUUGCAAAGAAUGGGGCUUGGUUCCCUCUGCUUCUUGGAUGGAGAAGGUCCUGCAGCUGCACAGCAUCCAGGUGCAUCAUCAUGGUAUCAUGCUGGUUGGCCCGUCUGGAACGGGGAAGACGAUGGCUUGGAAAGUGCUGCUGGAGACAAUUAGCCGAAAAGAGGGUGUCCAAUAUGAAGCCCAUCUGGUGGAGCCAAAGGCUGUCAGGAAAGAGGACCUCUACGGAAGCUUCGAUGCCACUACGAGGGAGUGGAGGGACGGUGUGUUUACGGCACUCCUUCGGCAGAUAAUCGAUAACAUCAAGGGUGAAUCCAAAAUGCGCCACUGGGUUGUCAUUGACGGGGAUGUUGAUCCUGAAUGGGUGGAAAAUCUGAAUAGCUUUCUAGAUGACAACAAGGUCCUCACUCUGCCGAACGGGGAACGGCUGGCUCUUCCACCAGCAAUGAGGUGUGUCUUUGAAGUGGACAGCCUCAGACAUGCAACUCCUGCAACUGUGUCACGUUGCGGCAUGAUCUGGUUCACAGAGAACAUUGUGACGGUGCCAAUGGUGCUGGCACAUUAUUGCGCUCGUCUCAGAGUCGAGCCCAUCUCCAUUGGACAGACUGGUAUUCUCGCAUCUCGAAGGCCUGUGAACAUGACAAGUGGUGCGCUUGCUCAUGAGCUAGAGGUUCAACACAAAUGCCUCACUGUGCUCGAGCCAUUUCUUCAAGAAGGGGGUCUGGUGCAUGCUGCAGUUUCCAUUGCUUCCAAGCAGAGCCACAUUAUGGGUUCCAUGCCCCUGUCUGCUGUUGAAAGCACCCUCAGUCUUUUGGAUGCAACAAUAUCAAAUGUACUGGACUACAACAACUACCAUCCAGGCUUCCCACUCACCACAAAGCAGUUGUGCAUUUAUCUUCCAAAACGUUUGCUUGUGGCCAUUGUGUGGGGAAUGGGAGGAUCAAUGUCACACGACGGGCGUGUUACAUUUGUGUCCGAUCUCAAGGCCAUCGCCAACCACCAUGGGGCAGUAGUCAUGAAAGAGGUCCUGGAGAACCCGAUGCUUUGGGAUCAUGAUGUGUCUAUUGCUGAUGGACGAACUGUUCCCUGGAAGACACAUGUCCCAGUCAGUGAUGUGACUUUGCAAGAGAUCCGAACCACAGAUUUUAUUGUUCCGACCGUGGAUACUGUGCGGAAUGAGGCUUUGCUGAGAGCUUGGCUUUCGCAGCGGCGGCUCCUGAUAUUGUGUGGCCCUCCGGGAUCUGGGAAGACACUGACAAUCACAUCGGCCCUGAAGAGCAUGCCAGGUGUGGACCUUCUCAUGCUGAGCUUCUCAAGCUGCACUACACCUGAGUAUCUGGUGUGCGCCUGCCAACAACGCUGUGAGAUUUUAAAGGCCCCAGGUGGCACGUACGUCAUGCGACCACAGCAUGCAAACAAGUGGCUCGUUGUCUUCUGUGAUGAGAUCAAUCUUCCCUCCUGUGAUGCAUAUGGGACGCAACGCGUCAUUGCUUUUCUUCGACAGCUUACUGAGCAGAAAGGUUUCUGGCGGUCAUCUGAUUCAGCAUGGGUGGCUUUGGAGCGGAUACAGUUUCUGGGUGCUUGCAACCCUCCAUCGGAUGCAGGACGUGUGCCAUUGCCCCAGCGGUUCUCAAGACAUGCCUCACUUCUUUUUGUCGACUUCCCUUCCAAAGAUGCGCUGCUCCAAAUUUAUGGAUCACUCUGCCGGACUCUUCUGAAAUAUCAUGCCGAGGUUGCAGCUUAUCACAUGGCUUUGACAGAGGCUAUUGUGGCCGUCUACCUCCAGUGCAAGGAGAGGUUCACAGCCGUACAGCAUGCACAUUACAUAUUCAGCCCCCGUGAAUUGAGCCGAUGGGUGCGUGCAUUGCAGGAGGCAUUGCAAAACAUGGAAGACACGCUUACUGUGGAAGGUUUGGUAAGGCUUUGGCUGCAUGAAGGGUUGCGACUAUUCCAGGACAGGCUCAUCACAAUAGAGGAGCGGGAGAGUGUGGAUGAGAUGAUGAAUGCAGCUGCUUCGCAGUAUUUCCCAGCCAUCAAACCAAUGACCUUGUGCCGGCCGAUCCGAUUCAGCACAUGGCUGAGUCGUGACUAUCAGGAAGCGGACACAGAGAGGCUGAGGGACUACAUAAAGGCAAGAUUGCAGACUUUCCAGGAGGAGGAGCUAGAUGUGCCUAUCAUACCUUUUGACGAUGCCCUGGACCAUAUCCUUAAAAUCGACCUAGUUCUUCGGCAGCCUUGUGGUCAUCUUCUGUUGGUGGGUCCUAAUGGUACGGGCAAGACGACACUGGCACGCUUCACAGCAUGGAUGAAUGGCCUGCGGAUAUUCUCCAUCAAUGCCCACCGAAAAUACACGUCAACGCAGUUUGAUGAGGACCUGAGGAACUUGCUCAGAUGGACUGGCUGCCGCAGGGAGCGCAUUUGCUUCAUCUUUGAUGAGGCAAAUGUGUUGGAGACAAGUUUUCUAGAACGGCUCAAUGCACUGCUUGCGAAUGGUGAGGUCCCUGGGCUUUUUGAUGAGGAGGAGAUGCAUGCACUCAUGCAUCAGUGCAAGGAAGGUGCUCGCUCUCGAGGACUGGCGAUCGAUUCCCAUGAAGACCUGUACCAAUACUUUGUCCAGCAAGUGCAGUUGAAUCUGCACGUGUGCUUUACCAUGACAUCACCAGAGGGUGACCUCAGCAGCGGGGCACUCUCAUCCCCAGCCUUGCUUAACCGUUGUGUCAUCAAGUGGUUUGCCCCGUGGUCCGCAGUUACUCUCCGCCAGCUGGCAAGAGAACAGGUCUGGAACCUGGACCUGAAUUUCGCUGGCAGCAUUGGAAAGGCGCAGGGAUUGGGCAACAGAACUAUGGACAAGGAAGUGGGAAUAGAGGAGGAGCUGGUGGAGAUCCUGGUUGCAAUGCACGAGCAAGCUCUCCGUCUCAGUUUUGGGAUGGCGAUGUCAGCUGGAAAGCAGGUGACCGGAGUAUCUAUUACUUCAUGCAACUUCCUGGACUUCGUUCAUCAGUUUAUUAGGCUAUACCAUGAGAAAAAGGCGGAGCUCGAAGAACAGCAGUUGCAUCUACUAGCAGGACUAGAUAAGGUGCAGUCGGCUGAAGUGCAAGUCACACAGAUGAAGCAGCUGCUGACGGCAUCAACAGCUCUCUUGGAAAGGAAGGAUAUCGAUGCGAAUGAAAAACUGAAGGAAAUGAUGCGUGAUCAGAACACAGCAGUUUCUCAAAGGGAGCAAGCCCUUAAAAUCAAUCAGCAGCUUGAGGUUCGCAGGCAUGUGAUUGAAACUAGGAAAAGGGAUGCGCACAUGGAGCUCUCCCGUGCAGAGCCAGCACUGAAGGAAGCGCGAGCAACUGUCAGCGAGAUAAAGAAGCCCCAGCUGGAUGACCUGAGGGCUAUGCCAAAUCCACCGGAGACCGUCAAGCUCACAUUGGAGGCUGUUUGCCUGCUUUUGAGUGCAAGCAAACCAAAUUCAACAAACUCAUGGUCGUCGAUUCUUAGCACGGUAAAGCGGACAGACUUCAUCACGAACAUUAUACGGUUUUCUCCUGACAAUCUGAAGCCAAAGCUUGUAAGCAGGUUAAGCCAGGAAUAUCUCAGCAAUCCCGGAUUCACAUUCGAGGCAGUCAAUAGGGCUAGCAAGGCAUGCGGGGCGCUUUUCCGAUGGCUGAAGUCGCAAGUCGAGUAUGGGGAGAUUCUGGUUCGAGUUCAGCCUUUACGGGAUGAGGUCGAUGCUCUCGAGCAGGAGUCCCAGAAGCUUCAGAAUGAUGCAGGCGAGAUUCAGGCCGAGCUGGAGAAAUUGGAAAAGAGGAUUGCUGAGUACAAGGUUGAGUAUGCACAGCUAGUCACUGAUGCUGAAUCAAUCAGGGCAGACAUACAUCGGACGGCACUGAAAAUCAACCGUGCAAAAGCCUUGAUUGAAAGCUUAUCGUACGAACGCUGUCGGUGGCUGGAUCAGCGUCAGAGCUUCAAGGAACAGAUGGCCACAUUAGUUGGUGAUGUGGCUUUGUCUGCAGGCUUUCUAGCAUAUCUGGGUCUGUUUGACCAGCACCAUCGGCAGGAGCUGCUUUACCAUUGGCAGUCAACCUUUGACGGGUCAAACAGUAUUGCAUACAGAACGUCACUCUCGUGGGUGGAGUACCUAUCAAAGCCAGACGAUCGGAUGCAAUGGCAGGAGUGUGGUCUCUCCACCGAUGAUUUGUCCAUGCAGAACGCCAUCAUUCUGAGCCGAUCACUUCGCCACCCGCUCAUCGUCGAUCCAUCAGGACAAAUGGUUGAAUACUUGAUGAUGCGCCUGCAAAAGCAGAGAGUCGUCAAGACGAGCAUUCUUUUGGGAUCAUUCAUGAGUGACCUGGAAAGCGCGCUACGGUUCGGUUACCCUCUCGUGGUACAGGAUGUGGACCGGAUCGAUCCAGUCCUCAACCCAGUUCUCAAUCGGGAGUCGCACUCUGUGGGUGGGCGAAGGCUGGUCAGGCUCGGGGAUCAGGAAGUGGACUUUUCCCCAUCAUUCCAACUGUUUAUGACAACCCGGAAUGCAAACCUGGAGUUCACCCCCAGCCUUUGUAGUCGUCUGACGAUUGUUAAUUGCACCAUUACGCCGGGCGGACUCUGCGACACGAUCCUCAGCAAGGUGCUGCGGGUGGAGAGACCGGAUGUGGAGCAGCAACGAGUCGAACUCGUGCAGCUGCAGGGGACAUAUAGAUUGCGACUGCAUCAGCUAGAGCAGGAACUGUUGAAUGCACUCUCAGCGACAGAAGGAGAGAUCCUUGACAAUGACACAGUGGUUACGACACUGGAGAGAAUCAAGCAUGAGGCUGAGCAAAUCGCCAAGAAAGCAGCAGAAACAGACAUGGUCAUGUCGGCAGUCGAGGAUGUGCGAGCUGAGUACCGUCCUCUGGCUGAUACCUGCAGCUCGAUUUUCUUCAUCUUGCAGCGAGUCUCUCUUCUUCACCCACUCUAUCAUUUCAGCUUGGAGCUUUUUGUGCUGAUCUUUGAUGACGUGCUGGUCAAAUCCGUGGUACGGAAAGAGGGAGUUUGGAGCCCUGAAGAGAGGAUGGAAAGGCUGAGGGAGCUUCUGCUGCUUGCUGUGUACCGCAGAAUUUCCCAGGGAAUGCUGCAGCAGCACCAUGCACCGUUGGCAGUUCGUCUUGCACAGUUGGCUGUCUCUGAAAAACUGCAGAGCCUGAUGAACGAGAUCAAUAGCCUUCUUGAUGCUGCAUGCAGUCGCCUACCCUCACGUUCAAGCAAACUAUCGCUUGACUGUACUGUCUACGAGCGAGACCUGGUAUCUGUGUUCCCAGCCUGCUCCUCUAGAUUGCUGACUACUAUUCUAUCGCCCAUGCCGAUAGGCCGGCAAAUAUUGACUGCGAUUGCGAAGCAUGCUCAUCAAAACAUUUCUGCAUGGAAGACGUUUCUGGCUGGGCAUGAUCAUGCCGAGGUGCAUGUUCCAGGUGGCUGGGAAAGAGAGGUCUUCACGAACGUGAAAGGUGGACAGGCAGCCCAAGGGACAAGGGAGACCAUAUGGACGACCCUGCUUCAUCUGCUUGUUGUUUCCGCUCUGCGUCCGGACAGGGUGGAGUAUGCUAGCGAGAAGUUCGUAGAAUCAGUUCUUGAUGGCUUGACCGGAUGCAGUGAUGAGGAGAAAGCUGCAUCGAAGGUAGGAGCCUUUGUUGAAUCAAACGGGUCUGCAAGCCGGCCACUUCUUCUGGCAUGUGCGUUGGGUUAUGAUGGAAGCCGGCAGAUCGACGAGUUGGCCCGCAGAUCAGGUGUCAGGUAUCAGUCUCUUGCCAUGGGAUCAGCAGACGGAUGCGCUGCGGCGGAGAAGGUGAUCCGGGCAGAUGCUGCUUCUGGGGGGUGGGUUCUCCUCCGGAAUCUCCAUCUUGUUCCUCACUGGCUCCCAUCGCUUGAGCAGCAGCUACUCCAUACGGAGACUCACCGAUCUUUCCGGCUGUUCCUGACAGUGGAGAUUGCCAGUGCAACUGUCGUUCCUGCAAGCCUGAUCCGUCUUUGCGACUUAGUUGUUCUUGAAGCACCCUCAGGCAUGAAAGCCAGCCUUCACCGCUCCAUCGGAAGGAUAACCAAUCAACAGAAGCAAGCUCCUCCUCAGGAGCGUGCUCGACUCUACAUGAUCCUUGCAUGGUUGCAUGGUGUGAUGGUGGAAAGACUUCGGCACGUUCCCAUUGGAUGGUCUCAGCUAUAUGAAUUCAAUGAUGUGAGUGUCCCAUGCGAACGCAUGUCUCCUGGUUGGCACUCCUCUGGGUGCAGUGUAUAUGAUGAAUGCCAGUUGAAGAAACUAGGCAAAAUGACAACGGAGGAGGAGACAGAUAACCGUACGAGUGAAGGAGAACCAGGCUUAGGAGGCAGUGCCGUACAAAACGAAGGGGGGCAGAAGGACAGAAAAUCGAUAAAUCCGGAUGGUACCAAAGGGAACCGGAAGGAAAUCUCCACAGAAGAAAGCUCGGGGAAAGCCGGGGGAAGCAGGCAAGGGACUCAGGAGACCAAGGAGGGCAGAAAUAAGGAUAGGACAAGCCCCCGAAACUCGGAAGGAGCCAUGUCUAAGAAAGUAAGGGUGGCGGAUGCGAGGCGGAAACUAGCCGAGAUAGAAAAGAGGACAGCAGAAUACAAGGCAAGGUUGAUUGAGGAAAUGAUGACUGGGAACGAAGAAGGCCCUCUGCAGGAGGAACCCCGGGACGAACGAAGAGCCAGCCGAGGUGGGAAUGGGCAAGGGGAUAAGGGUAGUGACCGUGGGGGAACGCCGAGCAAGAGAGAGAAAGAGAGAGAGAACUAUCCGGGGAUGGAAUCAGAAAAGGCUACGACUCUGCCAGCCAUGGAUAGUAGGGCUAGCCGCCUGCCGACCACGCCAGCAGUAACACGAGGAUGCGAAGGACUUUGGAGCCUUAGGGAAAGAGUGUUGGGAUGGUUUGUCCCAGAAGGAACUAUGAAAGCCAGGGAGGGACAGAAGGUCGGCAAGGAAGGUCCGGAUAACAGUUUGGCAGGCGAGGCCAGCAGCUCCAAGGGCGGCCUUAAGAAGAAAGUGUCGUCCCUCGCGCACGCACUAAACAAAAAUCAAGGCUACCUAGCGGAUGCUAAGAAAAAGUUGACGUUUGAUGGGGCGAACAUCACGAAAUUCCUGAUAGAUUACGAGAAUCUGGCUGCGUUGUUGAAAUGGACCGAAGAAGAGAAGAUGGACCACCUGGGGCAGCAUGUGUCUCUGAGCCUAGGGCGGGACAUAAUGGCCAUUGUGGCCGCGAGCCGGUCUUGGAGAGAAACCCGGGAUGUGAUGAUGGGAAAAUAUCUGGCAGCGGAGAAGAUGGCAACGGAGGCCGAUUUAGCGGCAGUCCAAAGGAAGAACUUCGCAACGUACAAUGACUUCCUACGGGAAUUUACUCUGGUAGCACUAAGAAUCCUCGGGGUUACGGACCGAAUAAUGAGCAAGUACUUCCUCAGACAGUUCUCCGAGUUCGACAAGGACAAGAUCCUGUCUGCUUACCAACAGACGAACAAAUUUGUAAACGCUAGGGAUGUUGAUUUCAGUAUGGUAACGGAUCUGGCCGAGAAGACGGUAGUGACCGAGACAUUGGCCUUGCUUAAGGAAGAUCGGGACUCGUCAUACGGACGCGUUAGUAGACGGGGGAGCAGAAAUCACUCUCAUAAGGAGAGAUUUCGCAACGAUCACGGGAUGUACGGUAAACAAGUAAAAGGGAGUAUCCGGGGAGCUGGCGGGGAACUCCCGUUCGCUGGGUACGUCACGAACUGUGCUGUAAAGGCAGGAGUCAGGGAAGCGAUCUGGUCGUUUCAGCGGAUGACCGUAAUGGAGGAGAUGGACUACGACAUAAUCCUCGGGAGACCAUGGUGCGCGAACGUGGAGAUGAUAGGCAUGCACUUGCAUGAUGGCUCAUACAUGGUAGACAUAGAGGACCCAGUGACCGGCCGGGGAGAGCUCCUCCGACUCCUUGGAACGGGAGGGGACCCCCCAAAGGGGAAAUUGGCAACAUGGUCGCCAUCGUUCGAGGAUAGCACGCGAAAAGGGGCCUUCGCACGGAUGGAGGGUAUGAGAGAAAUGGUAGAAAUCAUGAUUGAGGAACCAAUCAACAAGAAGGAGUGGAUCAAGAUGGGCCUGCCCCAGAAGAAGGGGAGGAAGGAGGAUGAAGUCCUAGGUGUUAUGGUAGCAGAAAAGAAGUCAGAGGUCGAACUUGGUGCUAGCCUGCCCAAACGGAAAGAAGUACGCAUAGACGUGCGAGAAGUCGCACUCGAGAUCCCCGAUCUGUUACAACUCAUCAAGGCGCUCAGAUACCACAAGGUAGGAGUGGACUCAGCAGCCUUGGCCAAGUUCGAAGGAGAGGUGCAAAAGGGGUAUUGUCUGAAUGGGAAACUAGAAGCCAGAUCCGGCAAAGACCGACAAGAUAUCACAGUGGCCGACACCACUACGCAUGACGACGGAGGGGUGGAGGAUGCGGAGCCCAUAGACGCAUUUCUUGAAUAUGGAGGGACCCUUGCGGUGGAUAACGAAAUGAUGAGUGAAGAAUGCGCAUCGGGAGAACUAUUGAUCCAGACUUUAGAGAAGGGGGCACCUGUCGUAGUAGAAGAACUUAGAGAAGGAUCAGUCACCACUCGAGGACACAGAGAAGAAAAGGACUCAUGGGGAGCGAUAGUAGGACCGAAAGAGGAGUUAAUAGCAAUGGCGGUCGAGGGAGGCCGGGAAGCAGUGAUGAGCUUAGUGGAAUCUUGGGAAAGGAAAGAGUUGCAAUGGGUGGUAAAUCRGAUGCAGGAAGGAAAGGAUGGGGGCCAGGAAGGGGAGGAGUUUUUCUACGUCCAAUCAUACGAAGGGCACUUUCGGGAGAUCGGGCUGUUGCUGGUAGGAAACAAACAACCUACGGAAAUCAGUAUUAAAGCGAGAGAAGAAGCCGAAAGGACCCAGGAGAAAAACGAGAAAAGGCAAGGAAAAAUGGAAUUCGGCAACGAGAACGACAGCGGGGCGAUCAACAGGCCUACUGGAGGGGAGGAAGCAGGACCGAGCCAAGGGAGGAGGGCAGCGAAGAGAAAGUUGUACAUAGGACUCAUGGGUGGGUCAGUGCUAGGCAGGGGUGGAAGGAAGUGCUUGUGUAGGAAACCCUCACCCCUCCACGAGGGAGAAGGUAAGAAAUCUCGUCUGACAGUGAGGGAGGGAAGGAAAAGGCAGAAGUGGAAGAAGGAGGCAAUGCAGAGAUGGGAGAUAAGGUUCAGGUCUCUGACGAGGAAGGAGUCAACAGGGGCAAGCGACGUGAGACUUGGCAUGAGGAAAGCGAGGGGGGACAAGACAUGCGCGGCGAACAUGGGGAAGGUGAGGAAAGAAGGGAAAACCCGCUUGAAGGACGAAGCGGCCACGACAGUUGCGAGGGGUAUGGGAGGGGGACAAAGAUCCCUUUUACCUACGAUCCGAAGAACGUUGCAGGCCCGGAUCGCCGCCACUUUGAGAGAGGGAAAAGUGAAGAAGGAGCUCCUCAGGCAGGCGAAGAUGAAGGCCAUUGAAGAGGAGCAGACGGUGAAGAAGAAGAAGUUGGAGGAGGAGCUGAGAAGACUCCAACAAGAGGAGGAAGAGAAGGAGAAGGCUGCUGAAGAAGAAGUGGCAGCCGAAGAGGAGGAAGAAGAAGAAGCAGAACCCCUCGAAAGGAGGCGUCCGCUCCGGCCCGCUUGCGACCUCGGCUCCCGCUCCCGGCCUCCGAAGGGUAAAACAGGGAUCGCCGAAGCUGCAAGAGGCGCUCCAAUAGAGUCCCGGUGGGCGGACCUAGUGGACGCGGAGGCAAGGAUAGGGGACGCACCGGAAUUUCCUAGAGAUAGGCCGGGGUAUCGACCACCUAGGGGAGAGGAAGAAGAGUGUCAGGAUAGGAGGGACUUAAGGGAAGGGAGGUCAGCAGAGGCCGGCGGCAGGCCACGGAGAUGGGUUGAAAGGGUCUCGGAGACCGUCACAGGUUUGCGGCGUGUUACAAGGGGGGAACGGGAGAGCUUAGUGGCCUUCACCCGUAGGUUCAAGCGGCUGUCCCAAGCCCUAGUGGAUAGGGGGAUGCUGUCGGAGGUGGAUAGGUGCGUAAUGUUUAUGUUGCACUUACCCAAGGAGAAGAGGAAAGAGGUCCUUGAAAAGGCCCCGCGGGAUUCAGCCAACUUCGAGAAGGUCGCAGAGGUGGUUUUUACAGGGGGAGGGGUGGACGUGAGAGAGUACAUGAAAGAGACCCUGGACAUGGCACUCCGCAAUAUGCAUGGCACGCGGAAUGAUGGCCUUAAGGGGAAUGAUAGACCACCCCCGGAUCCGCCUGGUCCGCCCGGUCCUCGGUGGGGAGAUCGGCUGGCGGGAUGGAGAAACGAGUCGGGAAACCAGGGAGGCUGGAGGAAUGACCGAGAAGUAGGGGGGAACCGUGGCCCCGACUGGGGAAAUUCCCAUUGGAAGGACGCUAGGAACGGAAGGUGGGGAGACGCCCCUCAAGCAAGGGCUUCUGGGCCACGACCUGAGAUUAUGGCUCCACCACCACCACCGCCACCGCCGGCUCCUGCGCCUGUAUCUGCUGCAACACAAGGGGGUCCGCGUCCCAACAACCUGCAAGCUCGAAGUGGGUGUGUUUAUUGCAAUGAAGAAAACCACAUCAAAAGGGAUUGUCCUUAUCUUACUGAGGCCUUAAGGUUGGGUGUGGUAAGGCUAAAUGAAAACAAGUGGGUUGUGUGGGGAGAUAGUGGAGAGGCGGUCUCGUUCUACCCCUCAAUGAAGUGCACACUUUUGGAAUAUCUAGCCGCCAGCAAAAGCUUCAGGGAAGAGCUCCUAAGCAUCAUAAGGAAGGUCAGAGUCCCGCUCGCAGGGGGCCCCACGGUGUCGGGGGAAGGUCCAGCCAAGGAAGAAGUACAGGCCUCCUGCAUUACCACGGAGGAACUGCCUGCCAACUUCUUCUCGGGUGAAGAGACCAAGAAGUUCUAUGCGUUAGGUAGCGGCCAGCUCCAGGCAGUGGUUAGUGGGAAGAAGAUGAGGGCUCUAGUAGACAAUGGGUCCGAGUCUACGGUGUGUAGGGACUCCAUCGCACGGGAGCUGGGCUUGGAGAUAGAUCGAGGGGUAUCAAUGUCAAUGGUAGUGGCCGAUAACAAGCUGCAACCAACGGAAGGGGUGUGUCAUAGCCCCGUGAUUGAGGUCGCUGGCGUAGAGACCACGGUCCCAAUCUUUUCGGUAAAAGAGUGCUCCUCCGAGUUGAUCCUCGGAAGAACCUGGCUGAGCGCGGUUCACGCUACCACGGUUGAUUUACCGGAUGGAAGUCAGACCCUCUCGAUCCAAAGUCCGGAUGGAAUUCGAGUGGUCCUAAAGACCGUAGACGCGCAAGAUGAGCGUAACCGGACCAGCAUUGCUAGACGCAAGGGGAGCGAGUCGAGGGUGUGCCGAGUCCGUCUGGAGGAGGUGCCCUUGAAGGAUAAGGGACCCAAAGGGGACCAAUUGGAGGUCGAAGAUGUAGGGGAUAGGAUUGUGAUUAACGCCGGCGACAUUAAGAAGCACAAAACUGUGGAGGAAAAGGUAAAACCCGCCGCGGUCAGCCAGGGUAGAACGGGGGAGGCUACGAUAUCGGAGGAAGAGAUUGCCGCUAUCAUCCGGAAAAGAAAGGAGACUGAAGGGCAAAGAAUUACGGCCGAUCGGUUGGCUAAGAUGGAUAUAGGGGAUGGCAACCUCACAAGAGAGGAGAGGGAGUUCGUGGCCAUGACCCUGAGAAGCUGCGAUAAGGCCAUAGCAUUCGAUGACUCGGAGAGGGGGAGGAUCGACCCGAGGUACGCCAAGCCAGCCCGGUUCCACACGAUUCCGCAUGUGCCUUGGAAGGAUAGGCCCCAGUGGAAGUAUGAUCAAAAAGAGAAAGAGGAGAUCGUGGCCUUCAUUAAGGAAAAGAUAAGGACUUUCGUCGGAGCCUUAAGAGUUGGGGGAGGUGAUGGAGGUGGUGUCCUCGGAGGCGAUGUUGUGGAAGAAGCGAGGGUGGGGAGGGGUCGAUGUAAGUGCGGUCUUAUAGGGGGAGAGGAUGCGGUCGAGUUGGAGGGUACAAGUGAGGAGGUCGGCAAGGGUCAUGGGGGGCUCGUGGACAAGGGCGGCUGCCAGGUCUUUGCGGCAAACGCGCUUAACGCGGGAGAGGAAAGCGAAAUCGCUGAGGACGUCAAAGGAGAUAUGUUGACGAAGCGAGCGGACGUAGUGCACAAAACGGUCAGUUGGUCCGAUUUGUUGGAGCCGACAGAAUUGGUCGAUAUAGUCGUCGACCGUUUUCUGUGGGCGGAAGGUGGAGGUGAUGAGGGUGGCCCACUCAAGGAAGGUGCGAGGCCGGAGACCGGCGUGAUGGCGAUUAACCAUUUCGGUGUACCACCAGCGAGCAGCGUUGUUCAGAAGUCGGCCGCCAGCGAUGGGGAGUUAGUGGAUGACGGGGAUGCUGUAGAGGGAGAAGGCUGGUUGGAGUUUGGUGAGAAAGAGGAGGACAUUCUCAUGGGGGGUUGUCAUCUUGGCGAGGGGGGAGGGGGAGCGACUAUGGUGGAGGUAGUGGUGGAUGAGGGUGGGGGUGUACAGGUGGAUGGUGUUGGUGUGGAGGUUGAAGCGGAGGCUUGCCCGGAGGAGGGGGUGGGUUGGGGUGUGGAGGAGGGGGGUGUGGUCGUGGUGACGAUCGUGAUGGCGGGGGAGUUUCCCUCGAGCGCGGUGACACGAUCGGAGAUGGCGGCCAUGGUGGUGUUGAUGGUGGCGAGGGAGGAUUUGAGGGCGGUCAACAUUUGGAGGAUAGUUGCGAGUUCCGGACCAGGACAGAUACAGUGGGUUCCGAAGACGGCCAUCGCCGCUCCCAAACCUUUUACAGGGGACAAGAGAGGCGAGGACCUCGACACAUGGUUGAGGGCAGUGCCGGUCUACAUCAGGUGCAAACUCACCUUGCAGCACGAAGAAGUGCUUGUGGCUGCCUCCUACCUCGAGGGUAGUGCAGCGAGAUGGUUGAGUGGUCUAGUGCAACUUCAGGGAUAUGGUCACCACUUCCGCGCUUGGGCGGCCUCCCAGAAAUUGGAGGACUUCCUAAAGAUGGUGGAAGAAAGGUGGCAUGAUCCUCAGGAGGCUCAAAGGGCCACUGACGCGAUCCUGACACUGCACACGUGGCAGUUUAAGUCAGUAAGGGAAGCCACCGAUGCUGUUGAGCGUUUGAUCUGUGUCCCUGGGGUACGUUAUGAUCCUCAUGUCCUUUUGACUUCGUACCUGAGAUGUUUUUCACAGUCUCUCAAGAACCAGUUGGCAAAAGAGGCAAACAUCAAUAUGCACAACUUCCCUUCGUUUAGCAAGGUGGCCCUAGACCUGGAAGCAAAGAUAGGGCAUGGACAGGCACCCACUACGGAAGGGAGAAAGAAGACACUGCCUCCCAACUGGAAGGCGAAGGGUCGCUUAAUGUUUGUCGACAACGAUGGUUCAACCAUCGAGUUGGACGGCAACCUCCAGGAGGGAGUAACUUCAGAGGCAGGCAGUUUAGACGCUUCAGAGGGUGGAGUGGUCGCUGCCGUAGCACAAAAAGGGACCGCCAGAUUACAUAAGUUCAAAGCUAGUAGUCUGAUCGAGUCCUAUGGGUGCAUGUGUGCCGCCGCGUUCUACAAUUAUUAUAAGCAAAAUCAGGAGGAGGGUAUGUACUUAGUUUAUGUCUCUGCUGCAGGCGAGCCGGUGAAAGUGUCGCCGGAGAUAGACGGAGUAGUUGCUAAGUACCCUGAUCUAUUUGAAGAGCCGACAGGGGUUGUCGAGAGGGAGGUCGUCCACGCGAUAGAGAUUAUCCCAGGAUCUAGUAUUCCGAAGGGUAAGAUCUAUCGGAUGUCUCCAGGCGAGCUCGAUGAGCUUCGCCGCCAACUCAAGGAACUCGUAGAGAAGGCCUGGAUCCGGCCGAGUGUCUCUCCUUAUGGGUCCCCAGUUCUAUUCGUGCCUAAGAACAAGGAGGGUACUCUUAGGAUGUGCAUUUACUAUAGGGGCCUCAAUGCCAUCACUGUAAAGAACAGAGAGCCCCUACCGCGCAUCGACGAUCUGCUAUAUAGAGUGCAAGGGUGUCGAUACUUCAGUAAGAUAGAUCUGAAGUCCGGGUACCAUCAGAUUGCAAUUCGGCCCGAGGAUCAACACAAAACCGUUUUUCAGACCAGGUACGGUCUGUACGAGUUUGUGGUGAUGCCUUUUGGCCUUUGCAAUGCUCCUGGCACCUUUCAGCACGCUAUGAAUCGGAUAUUCCAUGACUACUUGGAUAAGUUUGUCAUCGUGUACCUCGAUGACAUACUUAUUUUUAGUAAGACUAUCGAGGAACAUGUUGCACACUUGGACAAAGUCCUCGGUCUCCUGCGACAGCACCAGUUCAAGAUCAACGGUGAGAAGUGUGAGUUUGGCCGCACCCGUGUCUUGUACUUGGGUCAUGAGAUCUCCGUGGAAGGGUUGAAACCCGAUGACGCGAAGGUGGCCAGCAUUCGUGAUUGGCCACGUCCUCAGUCUGUGACUAAGAUGAGAUAUUUCUUAGGGAUGACAAGCUACUACAGAACUUUUGUAAAGAACUAUAGCAUAGUGGCCGCUCCUUUGACUGAUCUGACCCGCCUUAACACCCCGUGGGAGUGGACAGAUGAGUGCGCGGCUGCUUUCAGACAUCUGAAGCAUGCGUUGACGCACUAUGAAGUCUUGAAACUUCCCGAUCCUGACAAGCCGUUCAUAGUCACCACGGAUGGCAGACAAUAUGGCAUUGACGCCGUGCUCGCACAGCAGGAGGGGCCAAAGUUGAGGCCAGUAGAGUUCAUGUCCAAGAAAAUGUCGUCCCAGAAGUUGGCUAAGUCCACUUAUGAGAAGGAACUCUAUGCGGUGUACAAGGCUCUCACCCAUUGGAGACACUAUCUCCUUGGGCGGUUCUUCAUCCUCAGGACUAAUCAUCAGACCCUGAGAUGGAUGAGAACCCAACCGGUACUCUCUGACGCUCUCGAGCGUUGGAUCGAAGUCAUUGAGCAAUAUGACUUUGACCCUCAGUAUCUCAAAGGGGAGUACAACAAGGUUGCUGAUGCCUUGUCGCGCAGACCGGACUUCUCAGGUGCGCUGAUUACUGAGUUCGAUCUGACGGACAAUGUUACUCAGUCUUUGGUGGAAGCCUAUCGCGAGGACCAGUUUAUGUCUGAGAUCAUACGCACACUUGAGGCAAAGGAUAAGAAGACCUCCGCCGAGUUUGAGUUGGUCAAUGGAUUGCUGUUCCUAGAGAAGGCAGGGAAUAAACGCUUGUGUGUUCCAAAUAGCGAGUCUUUGCGUAGUUUGUUUUUAGGCGAGUGUCAUGAUGCCACCGGCCAUUUUGGGUAUAAGAAGACUGCAACCAACUUGAUGCGAGAUGCACAGCUGUACGUGGAGACUUGUCAAGUUUGCCAACGGGACAAGCCACGUACUCAGGCUCCUCUUGGGCUUUUGAAGCCCCUCCUGAUUCCGGAACGGCCUGGUGAGAGUCUGUCCAUGGAUUUCAUGGAUACUCUGAUCACCAGCAAGAGUGGAAUGCGUCACAUUUUCGUCAUCGUGGAUAGAUUUAGUAAGUAUGCUAGGUUAGUAGCCAUGCCAGAAACAGCAAAGACGGAGUACAUGAUUAAAAUGUUUAAAGAGAACUGGGUCAGGGCCUUUGGUCUACCAAAGUCCAUUGUUAGUGACAGGGAUGUCAGGUUUACCAGCGAGUUGUGGAAGGCCGCGGCUGCAGAGCAGGGCACUCAGUUGCAAAUGACUUCUGGGAAUCACCCAGAGGCCAACGGCCAGGCUGAGCAACUGAACCGCGCUGAGCAACACCUGUUGAGGCAUUACAUCAAGCCCAACCAGGUGGACUGGGAUGAGAAGCUUGCUCUCAUCGCCAGUAGGUACAACAAUGCGAUACACAACGCCACUGGGGACUUCCAAUAUGCAAUAGCUGUUGUUGAUCGAUGGCUUGCCUCAGUAAGCCAAGGAAGAUCUAAUCUUGCCCCGUCAAGGAUACCUUGGAAAGCUUUGCGUGUUCUUCUUGGUGAGGUGGUUUACGGAGGGCAAGUGGACAACGAGUGGGACGUAACUUUGCUGUUGUCAUUCAUAGAUCGGUACUUUGUGCCAGACUUGUAUGACACAGACUUUGUGAUUGCGUCGUUGCCAUCAUUAUGUGAGUGUAGUGUGAAUGGUGGAGUGGAACCUGGGGAGAGCAUGGAUCGGCCGAUGCUGGGGAGUAAUGAGAAUGGAUAUGUGGCAGAAGAUGACAACGCAACCCACCUGCAUUUUGCAUCGGCCAACGGAGACGAAGCAGAGCAGGAAUGCAGUCGCAGAAAGGUGUUCUCUCUCCCGGAGGAGUCUGAUAUGGAGGUAUUCGUAGAGUGGAUAGAUACCCUGCCAGAGAGUUGUCCUCCGGAGUGGUUGGGACUUCCGGAGAAUGCAGAGUUUGUCCGGCUUUGUAAGAAGGGUCAACAGCUUCUGGUUGACUUGAAGCUCCUACAUGAGGAGUCACACGAAGAGGAUAUUCCAGUGUCAGGUCUGCUGAACGAUAGUCAAGAGCUCUUGCUUGGCAGCACCGUUCGAGGGAGGGUGGCGCUUUCUCAAGAUCUGUCGGGGUACAAUGCUCAGCUGGAGAAACUGCAGCCGCUGCUGGAGCACAAGGCGAUCUGGGAAGGAGGAGCUUGUUUGUCGAACAGCCCACUGGGUCAUCACCCUCUUGCUUGGUGCAUUGUGCGUGAGUUACGGCUCGGCACUGAACUCCUGGAACAAGUGAAGGCUGAUGUUGCCCUGGCAUCGGCAGUUUGCGAUAGCCGGGCACCGGCUGAUAACUCCUCGCAAUGUCUGCUUAUGGUGCUGAUGCACAAUGAGGUGCCGUCCAAAUGGCGGUCAUACGAGUGCCCAUUGGUUGGUGUGAGUGCUUGGCUAGCUGACGUAGAUCACCGUAUGGAACAGCUAUGCGAAAUUGCAACAGAGUUAUCAAAACCCGGCAGCAUCAAGGGGAGCCUGCAAGGUGUCCGCGAAUGGAACUGCAUAGAAGCACGGUGGCGACGGAGAAAGUGGUGGCUUGGUGGUCUGCUACGGCCCGCCGCGUUCAUUGGUGCCAUGAAACAGGCUGCUGCAAGAGCCAACGGAUGGCCCUUGGAAGACCUUGAGCUGGUCUGCAAAGUGAUUGACAUCGAUGCACACCGAGAGGAUGGAUGUGUCAUGGAGGCGAUAUCCAAGGAAAGUGGAAUCAUCUUAAAAGGUGCCGCUGUAGGCAUUCAGCGCUGCAACACUUAGUUGGCCACGAACGCAGUCACGCGAAAAUGAAUUGCCAAAAGUCCU